AUGGCAAUCACGCUCUUCAAAGCCAUCUCGGCCGUCGGCCUGAAAACCACCGCCUUUUUGCAGUCGCUCUUUCUGUUUCCUUUCAACGCCUUCAUGCAAGCGCUGCAACGUUUUCCUCCUUUUCGCCAAACGACCCAGCCAACCCUUCCUUAUUGGACCUCUGGCUCAACCUCUGGCUCCUCUUCGUCCUCCUUCUUGAGGGAAACCCACAACGACGACGCUGGCACCGACAGCCACCGCAACGAGACCGACAUGGCCGUCACCUCAUCCUCGUCUGCCGGCCCUGAGUCGCAAACGCAGGACCGAACUGGCUCCAAAGUGGCCGCUCCUCAACCGCACACUGCUCUCGUCCGAAAAGAGAACUUGCCAUCAGCAGUUGAUUCCCCAACCAAGGGCCUGUCCCAGCUCACCGACAAACUAUCGCGCUUGGAACUCGAUGGUUCUGGAAGAGCAGCAACAGCAUCAUCGUCGAUGUCGCUUCGGGAUGUGGCAAAUGGGACAGGGAGCGCCGCGAAAGACGGAGUGGCCAAGCAAGCUGUCCAGGACGCCGCGUUGCUGAAGCAGCAUGUCCUGGACGGCGGCGUCAACGGCAGCUCUGACAAGGAGGUGCCGCGGACGCCUCCGGUUCCGCUGACGCACUCGGUCUCCCAGACUAGUAGGCCGAAGGGGACUGCGACAACGACGAUUGAGCUGGGCGGCGAGACGGUGCUGAUUCAGUCAAAGAUCGAGACGCCCGAGCAGGCAGCCGAGAGGGCCAUGCACAGCCGGUUUAUGAGGGAGGCUCUGGAUAUGGCCAGACUUGCUCUCAAAACUAAUGAGACGCCAGUCGGCUGCGUGCUCGUGUACAAGGGGCGCAUCAUCGCCAAAGGCAUGAAUGCGACCAACGUCACCCGGAACGGGACGCGGCAUGCUGAGCUCAUGGCCAUUUGCGCCCUGCUUUCCUACGCGCCUUCGUCCGACGUCGAGCCAGCCAGACACCCAGACAAAGGGACCGCAACCAGGAUGCCACUUGGCGACAGGACGAACCAAGCCCAAGAUGCCGAGGAAACCAGCACCUGGGGAGACGUGGACCCCAAGGACGGCCAUCUGUAUCCUUACGGCCAGAAGCUCCAUCCCUCUCCGCGCGUGGACCCAUCCGUCAUUACUGAGUGCACGCUGUACGUGACUGUCGAGCCGUGCGUCAUGUGUGCCUCGCUGCUGCGGCAGCUCGGCAUCAAGAAGGUUUAUUUUGGCGCCGUCAACGACAAGUUCGGCGGCACUGGCGGUGUGUUCCGCAUCCACAAGAACUCGCCGCACUCGAUGGCCUCGGCCCCUCCGUCGCCUGUGCCGCAGAACGGCAAGGGCUUGGCGAGGCCGAUCCUCGAGCGCCUUCCUGCUUCCACCGAUGCCAUCACCAAGGAGCAGAAUCCUAUUAUGCAGGAUGAUAACAACCAAAAUAACGUCGUGGUUACUCCUAUUGACUGCUCCAGUCUCCCUGGCGAUGGCGGGAAUAUUGAGCGUGGUUUCGAGGCGGAGGGGGGAUGGGGCCGUGAUGAGGCGGUGACCUUGUUGAGGCAGUUCUACGUCCAGGAGAAUAACAGAGCGCCUGUCCCGAGAAAGAAGGAAGGUCGCGCUGCUCGUCUGGCGGCCAUGAUGGAGCGCGAUGGUCACGGCGGUGGCCCUCUGAGUGACUCUGGCGCUACGACCAAGUCCGAGGAGAAUUCUGGAAUGGAUACGCCGCCCGUCGCACAAGAGUCAGCGGUUGAGAGAGCUGCCCAGUCCACUGCGGCUUGA